CCGCUAAAACUUACUAAUACAGAUCUUUAACUCUUGCUAGUCUUGCAACCCUUUUAUUAUUAAUUCACUUUUACUAUAUCCUACGUAAAUUUACUUUGUUGUAACUUUAUUUUUAGUCGGCGUACUUUACUGUUAUUGUUAUAUAAUGUUUUCGUUUCCUCUUCGUCCGAAAUCAGAUAGUUCUUUAGCACAUGAUGAGCCACGGAAAAUUCCAUGGUGAAACGUGAAAAGCGAAAGCAACACUGCAACAGUUCUUGCAGUGAAGUUAGUGAACCGUUCUCGAUGGCGUAUUUUUGUUUUACUAUCAGUAAUGCCCCACGGGAAGCAUUGUUCGGUGUGGAAGCGUUGAUUUAGGGUCCUUUGGUUACGGAGCAUAUAUUUUGCGGACGACUGUGCCCGCUGCCAUUCUUCGAAUGGAGGAGUAUCAGACCCUUGGCUUUGGGCUUUCGAUUUUGCCUCCAACUGCAGGUUCUUCGUGAAAUGAAGCAGGAGGUUACCAGGACGCUUUUGUUCUCUAUGCUGUCAGUAGGGAUUGGUUCGCCGUUCUUGUAUGGAUAUAAUUUGGGCAUCAUCAAUGCACCACAAACCGUGAUUGGCAUUUGGAUUCGCGAUAUCCAGUGUGCACGAUUGAAUGCUACGCUUUCGCCAGAUCCAAAUGAGACCGCGGUUUGGUGCGUCCCCUUAGAUGAGCACGGAAAAGAAAAUCUUUUCGAAAAAAAUUAUACUCUAAAUAUCAUAUGGACGCUGGUUGCGGCGAUUUUCUGUGUCGGAGGCACACUUGCGGCUUUCGGUAGCAAAAAGAUCAUCGAUCUCCUGGGGGAGUACGUGAAAAAGUUCACUAUGCAGCAUUAAUCUUCGCCACUGUCCUUGAAAAAAUUUCCUUGUAGGAAGAGAUCGCUCUAGUCAAUAAUGUCCUGGGUGUGGUUGCUGUUGUAAUAAUGGCAUCCUCGUAUGUUGCUAGCUCGUACGAAGUGCUUAUUGUUGGACGAUUUGU